CCUUUUCGUUGUCUUACUGCAGUUCGUAGAGUAGCAAACGGUAAAGGAAAAUGGCGAGCAUAAGAUCAAGCUUGCCGUCGAGGCUUCGGCAGCUUAUCUCUAGUGAUGGGGCAAUUGGUGCCCCCGCUGUUCAAAUUGAUCCCCAGCCUUUUCCACCAUACACUAGCCGGAGAUUAGAUUGUGAAAAACUUGCUUAUUACGUAGUGGAACUGGAAUUUCCGGAGAUAACCUUUAUCAUAGUGACGUUUGGUGAUCUGAAGAAAGUUUCUUCAAGGAUAAAGGCUUUUGUUGAAAAGGUUAUCCAGUGCCCUUUGCAGGACAUAGCGAUUCCUCUUUCUGGUUUCCGUUGGGAAUAUGGAAAGGGAAACUUCAACCAUUGGAGAUCACUAUUUCUACAUUCAUAUUUCAAGGCCUAUUUAUCUUCUAGAAAUGAUCUCCUUCUGGCAGAUGACAUUUUAGGUGAUGUCAGCCCAUUCCCCAAACAGGCAGUUUUACAGUGAGAGUUAUGCAAAUUAUUCUAGAAAAUUGCCACAAUAAGAGUUCUUUCGCUGCUAUAGAGCAUUUGAAGCUUUUGCUUGCUUCAACAGAUCCGGAUGUUCUUAUAGCAGCUUUGGAGGCUCUUUGUGCAUAUGUGAAAAUAAUCCCAUCGAAAUUGCACGUAAAUGGAAAGCUGGUUGGAUGUGGGUCUGUGAACAGUUACCUUUUACCACUUGCACAAGGUUGGGGUAGCAAAGAAGAAGGCCUGGGCUUGUAUUCUUGUGUUUCUCUACAUGAGAGGUCUGAGGAGGAUGCAUUAUGCUUGUUUCCAUCUGAGGUACAAAAUGAUUGUGACAAGCUGCAAUCGCCUAGGGUCCACACUGUAUUUUGAGUUGCGUGGGACUUUAUCUACUGGGUCUAGUGUAAUUCAGCUCCCGGAUCUUCAUUUGCGAGAAGAAGAUGACCUGUCACUCAUGAAGUUCUGUAUUCUGCAGUAUAAGGUGCCUUUCCAGCUCAGGUUUCCGUUGUUAUCCAGAAUCAGAUAUGCUCGUGCAUUCCGUUCCUCUAGAAUGUGCAGGAUUUACAGCAAGAUUUCUCUUCUUGCUUUUAUUGUGCUUGUACAGUCAAGUGAUGCUCAUGAUGAACUUGCUUCCUUUUUCGAUAAUGAUCCGGAAUAUGCAAAUGAAUUGAUUAGAAUUGUGAAGUCUGAAGAAAUUGUAUCUGGUACCAUGAAGACCCUAGCAGUGACAGCACUGGGAGCACAGGUAGCUGCAUAUUCUGCAUGUCAUAAAAGGGCACGAAUAUUGAGUGCAUUGGACAUCAUUGUUGCUGAUGGCUUCCUCAUGAUUGUCCUUAAUGUCUUGCAAAGGGCACUUUUAUCGCUGAACAACCCCAUUGAUUUGUCAUCCAUUGUCUUCGUUGAAGCCCUGCUGCAAUUUUUUUUGCUGCAUGUAAUAUCUUCUGCUAGUACUGGAACUGUUGUUAGGGGAUCGGGGAUGGUGACCACCUUUUUGCCACUUUUAGAAGAUUCAAAUCCUACACACUUGCGUCUUGUUUGUAUAGCUGUGAAAAUUUUACAGAAGCUAAUGGACUACAGCAACACAGCUGUCACCCUUUUCAGUGACUUGGCUGGAAUUGAGCUUUUGAUUCGUAGACUGCAGGUUGAAGCACAUAGAUUGAUUGAUUUCACUGGCUCAAAGGAUAAUACUGUGACCACAGAUGACUAUUUUGAAUAUACUCAGUCCUACACUCAGAAGAGAUUGGUCAGAGCUUUGUUGAAGGCCCUUGGUUCUGCCACUUAUGCCACAGCGAAUUCUGUGCACUCUCAGAAUUCUUAUGAUGCGGCCUUGGCUCCCACUUUGUUGAUGAUUUUUAGCAACAAGGUAAAGUUUGGAGGUGAGAUCUUUUCGGCAGCUGUUACUCUUAUGAGUGAAAUGAUUCACAAAGAUCCAACAUGUUUUAAUGCAUUGUAUGACUUGGGUCUUCCUGCGGCAUUCCUUUCAUCAGUUGUGGCUGGAAUACUUCCUUCUUCCAAAGCCAUCACAUGUAUUCCAAAUGGUCUUGGGGCUGUUUGCCUCAACUCCAAGGGCUUGGAAGCUGUCAGAGAAACUUCUGCUUUACGCUUCCUUGUUGAGAUCUUUACUGAUAGGAAGUAUGUAAUGGUGGUAAAUGAAGCCAUUGUUCCUUUGUCAAAUGCUUUGGAAGAGCUGCUGCGGCAUGUAUCUUCUUUGAGAGGUAGUGGUGUUGAUCUUAUAAUUGAAAUAAUUAACAGCGCUACAUUGCUUGCUGAUGCCAAGUUGAAGGGGUCGAUUAGAAAAACCGAUGAAAUGGACAUGGAUUCUGUGGAAUCAGGGGGUAUGGAAAACUUAAGUGGAUGCUCAGAAAUUGGUAUAGCAGACUGUCCUGUUGAUGGUAUCAGUGAUCAGCAGUGUAUGCAACUUUGCAUCUUUCAUGUAAUUGUAUUACUUCACAAGACGAUGGAAAAUUCUGAAACCUGUCGCUUAUUUGUGGAGAAAUCUGGUAUUGAAGCUGUGCUGAAACUUCUGUUACGCCCAAGCAUUACUCAAUCAUCAGAAGGAAUGUCAAUAGCUUUGAAUUGCACUGUGGUAUUCAAGUGUUUUACGCAGCAACAUUCCAGUCGUCUGGCUCGUGCUAUCUGUUCUUCGCUGCGUGAUCUUUUGAAAGAAACUCUGGCUAGGUUUAGUAACCUCUCUGGUUCCUUUCUGUUAGAUCCUAAGGCCAGUCCAGACCCUUUAUUAUUUUCUUCUCUAUCCCUGAUCGAGUUCGCCUUGUUUCUUGCUGCCUCAAAAGAUAGUCGUUGGUUAACUGCGUUAUUCACUGAGUUUGGUAAUGGUGAAAAAGAUGUGCUAGUAGAUAUCGGUCAUGUUCAUCGUGAAGUUCUUUGGCAAAUUGCAUUGCUUGAAGACGUGAAGGUUGCAGCAGAAGAUGAAUCGACUGAUAGAGUUCAUGCCUCACAGCAGUCUGAGUGGGGCUUGAAUGAUACUGAAGACCCCAGGCUGAACUUCACGCAGUUUCUUGAUCCUGUGCUUAGAAGGAGAACAUCGGGAUGGAGCUUUGAGUCACAAUUUUCCGAACUUAUAAAUUGGUAUCGUGAUUUUAGUCGGCCGUCGAGUCGUCAGCAUCAGCAGGUUGAACCAGGUCUGGAACAGCAUGGGUCAAGUUCCUUGGAUUUGACUGAGUCUAGUGCUAGAAAGGAUGAUGACAAUCAAAGGUCACGCCGUCGAUCUUUCCGUGACAUGGUAUCUUCUUUAUCAAUUCACAUUACACAUAUGUUUCAAGAGUUGGGGAAGGUGAUGCUGUUACCUUCUCGUCGGAGGGAGGAUGUGCUGAAUCUGUCUCCUUCUGCAAAAUCAGUGGGAAGAACUAUGGGGCUCCUUACCGUUUAACAGACUGAGUCAAGAACUAUGGGAAGCUUUAAUGCUGCUUUGAAAAGUAAUAGAUAUAUUAAUAAAGCAAAUAAUUACAUGACAGGGAAUUACUAAUCCAACUAAAUCAAACAAGUUGUUUGCAUGACUACUUGUUCUAUACAAAAUAAUAUGUACAUUUACCACCAUCACAAACCAUAAAUCCAAUGACAGCUACUCGAGAUGAAGAAGACCACAAUGAAGGCUUCUAGAUCUGGAAACUCUACACUCAAUCAACCAAGAGCAGAACACCUAUGACAGCGGCCCAGAGUCGGCACAGGUACUGGGAGACUGGAGCUCACAAAUUUUGUUCUCCUUUCCAGUUUUUAAAUUUUUAGAGAGGAUUGAAAAUACAAACUCAAUCAUAUAGGCGUUGGGACUUUAGAUCCGCUGUAUUCAAUAUCUCGUGCACACAUACUGUUUAUCAUUUUAAAGUAAAAAAUGUAGAGCUUUUCAAAGGUGUUGACGGUUCUUGUGUAGUAUAUAAUGAUUAAAGAAUAAAUAAAGAGG